AACCACGUGAGGCAGUCGUAGCCAGCCGGGCGAGCAUGGCGGCUGUGUGUGCGUUGCUGCGUUCCACAGGUCUUCACCUAACGGGAGUGAGAAGUGUACACCUGUGCGCCUCCGUCAACAAGCUAGUGCAGUUCAACCUGUCCGACAUAGGGGAGGGUAUCCGCGAGGUGACCGUCAAGAGUUGGUUCGUCAAAGAGAACGAUGUGGUGGCUCAGUUCGACGAGAUCUGCGAGGUCGAGAGCGACAAAGCGACGGUGAGUAUAACCAGCCGGUACGACGGUAAGAUCACCAGACUGUACCACGGUGUGGGCGACAAGGCGUUGGUGGGCAAACCGCUCCUGGACAUCGACGUGGAGGACGAGGCGGGUGACGGUGAUGGUUCCGGUUCCAGUGAUAGUGACAAGCCCGCUGAACCCGCUCCCCUUGACAGUCCACCCCAGGAAACACGUGCACGAGAAGAUCCGGAUGAACAGUUCUCAGAAAAGAACUGGAACAAGUCCUUGGCGACCCCUGCGGUCAGACGGAUCGCGAUGGAGAACAAAAUUAAAAUCAGCGAUGUGAAAGGAACAGGUAAAAGUGGAAGGGUGAUGAAAGAGGACAUUUUAGCAUUCCUGGAGAGAUCAAAAGGUGGAGGUACAGGGCCACCGGUUACGACUAGGUCGCCGCUAACGACUGUGCAGAAAGUUAUGACCAGAACAAUGACUGAAUCGUUAAAAAUCCCUCAAUUUGUGUUUUCUGACCAAGUGGACGUGUCUAGACUAGUCAAACUGAGGUCGGAAGCAAAGGAAGCGGCUAGUAAAAGAGAUAUAAAACUCAGUUAUUUACCAUUUUUUCUAAAAGCGUUUUCUAAAGGUCUUUCAGAAUAUCCCAUUUUGAACUCGAGUUUUGAUUUAGAGCGGGAGGAAAUCGUCUACAAGAAAUCUCAUAACAUCGGCAUCGCCGUGGAUUCUCCCGCUGGACUGAUCGUCCCUAACAUCAAAGACGUCCAAAAAUUAUCUGUUAUCGAAAUUGCCAAAGAAUUAAAUCGUCUGCAGCUCCUCGCAGCCAAGAUGAAGCUCUCCCCCUCGGACAUGACUGGUGGCACCUUUUCCGUGUCCAACAUCGGCGCCAUCGCUAGCACUACUUCCGCCCCUCUGAUCCUGCCGCCCGAGGUCUGUAUCGUGGCCCUUGGUCGUAUCCAGACCCUCCCAAGGUUCGACUCGGCCGGGAACGUGUUCCCUGCACACAUCAUCUCCUUGAGCUGGUCAGCCGAUCAUCGCAUCAUAGAUGGGGCCUCGGUAGCUCGGUGCUUCCGAGUGUUCCAACACUACGUGGAGAAUCCUGCGGCUCUUCUUUUGGACCUCUAACUUAAAAAAGGACAGUGGAAAUUGCAUAAAUGUGAUAUCGGGUUUAUCAUGUGUUUUGUAAGUAGUUUACUAAAUUACGUUUAUUCUUAUCGCAACAUUGUUUAAAAUUUUUUAUAUUUUUAAAUAGAUAUAUAUAUAUA